AUGGCACCAACCACGCGAAGUCGGAAAUCUAGCGCUCCUUUUCUCCAAGAAGACACAAAGCCUGCUACGUCGUCGUACCAUCUCCAAGAUUUGUCUGCUGGACAUCGUGCCGACCUCGAGAAAAUCUGGGCAUCCGACAACAGAACACCGUCUCUGGUCUCGCGGAGAGCGUGGGCGGAAGCAAGGAGCGUUGAUCCAAGCUACGUUAACUCUUGGUUCACAAGGAAGAAAGCUCAGGUACUGCGGAAAGGUCUAUCCGUGUCUCCUGGUUCAUACGAGCUUGCUGUCUGUGCCCCUUCGGCUUCUGUAAGCUCUCGCAAGAGGAACCCGAAUCCUCGAGCAGUUAAACGCGAACGUUCUCGCUCGCCUCUGCCGUCUGAUGUUCUGAAGAAGCGUCGCAAGAGAGCUUCUAGUCCCACCGGACAGAGGAUCAAACACGCGAGUCCGUCUAAAUCAACGUAUAAUCACUCAUGUCUUGUACGCCAUACUCGUGCUCAUGAAGCCAAUCCGCACCCCGCAUGCUUGACUUGUUUUCCUAUGCAACAUAUAAUCACUGCUUCGACUCCGGCUGUUGCCAAACCUUUCUCCUAUUUCUCUUUCCCUAGUUCGCCUGCUUCUUCGCCAGCACUGGGUUUUUCUUCUGAAGCUCCAUCUUCCGAUUUCGAUAUUGAUAUUCCUCUUACACCUCGUGACACUCAGCGUGUCGGCGAUUGUUCUAUUCCAUCCUCUUCUCCGCCUUCAGGUCACUCUAGUGACGUACGAUACUGCAUAUACCAAAAUUCUUGCAGCUCUAAAGCGCAGGUACGCAAUAUGAGCGCAUAUAUGCCAGUGGAGAGUCCCGUCCAUAUCAAUAGCACUACUUCUAUGGUGCAUACUGUAUCUGUGAACUCUCAAUCGCUACUGGAUGAUAUGAUCGACUCGGGACCUGUCUUGCCCCCCCGUCAAAAGCGCAAGGCUAUGCUAUCUACAACUGGGACGUAUAGGGCUUCUUGUCACGACACUGGAUCUAUCGUUCUAUCUGUGGCUGCCGCGUCUUCGCUUCCAGAAGGACUUUUCAGGGAUAGCACUACUGAAUUUUGCAAUAAUAAGCAGUCACUGAACUCUCCUAAGAACGUGGUUUCUUCGUCUGUCAUGCUCCAUUUUGCCCCACAGGUGGCUGAGGAUAAAAAUCACCCAAUGGCAUCCCGACCAGCUAGCUCGGGUUCUCCCACGAGGAAUACCCGUGAGCAUGAAUUCCAGCAAGAGCCUGCAUCUCCCUGCAAUUUCGUUCCACAUAGACCUACUACUUUCUCUGCUGGACAUCCUGACGUUGGGACUCGAAAUAACUUGGCUUUAUCUGUGGACAAUGUCGUGCAUCACAAUGUGGAAAACUUGGUGCCAAAGUCAGGGCUCCAUUACGCAGUACCAGAGUAUGACUCCCCAAGUACUUCAGCUGAUAGCCCCGAUUUGUCGAGUGAACAUUGUAUCUAUGCAACUUCCACUCGUACUGGGAACGGUAAGGCACUGAAUUUUGUCAAUCCAAUGGGCCCGACUGUUGCAAGCCCAAUACAUCUUAAGACCGCUGUCGGAACAGAAGUCUUUACUGGUCUUGCGCGACGUGCCCCUACCCAUCAUGCUUCAAAAACCAUGCUAGCCUUGCUUAUGAACUCCUCGGAACUUACUCCUGCUGCAUCCAGUAUCUCAAGUUUUUCUGCUCUGCCUGUUUUCGUCGCUGCCCCUGCUCAUCUUCUGGAUUCUGAUUAUGGCGCUUUGAACAAAUCUGCCCUUUACGUUCACCAGUCUGAUUCUCCUUGUGAUGUCGCCGGUGACUUGUCCUCGCCUAUGAAGCAGUAUUCAUCUCCAGUUGGGUGUUCUGAGUGGCUAGUUUCUAAGCCUACCCCCCUCCUCCCACAUCCCCAGGAGAUAGCGAUUGGCAACAAUACACAUGAUGGUAGUAAUAUUGCAGAUCACGAUGCGCAGAUAUCAAUACGUAGGAAGAUGGCUAUCUCUUCAUUGCUAGUUGACGAUGAUGUCAAUACAGGUGUGAGUGCCAGCGUAUUUCAUUCCGUGCUAGUUCUUGUUCGUGACUACAGACAUGUCGUGUGCCAGGCGAGCAAUGAUUCAUUACAGGGAUCUGUAGCCUCCCGGUCGACAGGGCCAGCCGAUGGCGCCAAAGAAGUGGUGUCACAAGCUGUGAUCGAACCGGAGGAUAGUAAGUUAGAUAAUGAUGGUCAGAAUGAAGUCAUCCAGCGUAGGGGUUACAUUUCACUGAAACCCACCGCUGCGGUUGUCAAGCCGACAUCGCCACCAAAAAAUAAGAAGCCGAAACAGACAGAGAAACCAGAGGGCAAAGAUAAGAGCACGAAAAACGUUGUGACCGAGCCAAUAAGUAAACGAAAGCGCAAAACACAGUGCAAGACUACUUCCGCAGCCGACAUCAUCGACCCACCUAGUGUGUCAUCCAAAAGACUUGGCGACAUAAUGUAUACAGCGCAACAAGGACAUAAGGAGACUACUUAUUCAGAAGCUCUUUCAGUUGAUUUGCAUUCAAGUCACGCAGCGAUGAAGGCUAGUACUAGCGCGCAUGCAGUGCAAGGAAAGACAGCGGGCUCCGAUCGAAGUUUGCGUCAAUAUCACGAUGCCACUAUAAAACUUGAGUGCCAGUUGGGGCACAUACCGGAUGCUGGGAAUUUUGCGGCGAGGGUAGACGGAAAUGGAGAGAAUGUCCUGCCUAUUAGAGCGUCAACAAAGGCUCCCGCCAAGGCCCCACAGAAGAGGAAACCAAAGCCAGAGACAACCCAGGCGUCCAUAAAGGGCGCGGAGAAGACAAGGGCAGGUAAGGCGCCCAUCAAGAGAUCCGCGAAGAAAAACGAGGGUCAAGCAACGGCAAAGACGACUGCACGCCAAAAGAAUCGAAAAGAAAAGACGGAGAAAGAGAAAAAGCCGGGCAACACCUUGUCCGAGUCUUUGCUUUCCAGCUCACUCCCAACAGCAGAGCCACUGUUAGCUGCGCCUGUAAGGAUGGAAACCUUUGGACAGCCCACAUCAUCCAGCCAUAUUUCACGCGUUGAGGAUUGCCAGACCCAGGAGCAUCAGCCGUGGUUGGACCUUGCUCCCCAGCGUUCCACUCCCGCACAUGUCGGCGACCAGCAAGUCGAGACUCUGUUGCAUCUCUACGCGGACAUGAGCUUGACACCAGAGAUUCGUGAACUGUUGGGCGUGCCGGAGCAAGUAGACACUGCGUGGUUGGCGGAGAGCGAGCGGUUGAAUCGCGAGCUGGGACUGGUCCUGUAG